UCAAAAGAUGUGGGGUACAUCUUGAAAAACAAUCCUAUCUAAUUUGGUAACAAGACUUGCAAGUUCCCCCCAAUCUCGUGUUUGUGAUCCUCAACACCAAAAGUUGUUGGAGAAAUUUAAAUUCCUAAAUUUGUUUGAAACCCUCGAUUCCUGCAAAGAUCAGGAAUCUAGUUAGUAUUUUCUCUGUAGCUACAAUGGCUGCUUCUCUGCAACUACCAAUCAUUUCUAUUAUCAUUACUUUGACCUUAAUUUCACUAAUACCCUUCUCAUCUUCUCUUCCUUUCAUCGUUUUACAUGGAAUUGGAGAUAAAUGUUCGAAUGGAGGAAUUUCGCAAUUCACUGAGCUUCUUGGUACCUGGUCUGGUUCUAAAGGCCAUUGCCUAGAAAUUGGAGAUGGAUCAUGGGAUUCUUGGUUUAUGCCUCUUAUGGAUCAGACCCAAAUUGUUUGUGAUAAGGUGAAGAAAAUGAAAGAGCUUAGUGACGGUUACAACAUAGUUGGACUCUCACAGGGUAACAUAAUAGGUCGUGCAGUUAUUGAAUUGUGUGACGGAGGGCCACCUGUUAAGAAUUUCGUUUCAAUUGGUGGUCCUCAUGCUGGUACUGCUUCUAUACCAUUUUGUGGACAGUCUAGCUUCAUGUGUAUUCUUGCAGACAACUUAAUGAAGUUAGAGAUUUACACACCCUAUGUCCAGGAUCAUUUGGCACCCAGUGGUUAUCUAAAAAUUCCAACUGAUAUUCCUGACUACUUAAAAGGAUGUAGAUUUCUUCCCAAGAUUGACAACGAACUUCCUACAGCCAGGAACUCAACAUACAAGAGUCGGUUCACUAGCCUAGAAAAUCUGGUUCUUAUCAUGUUUGAGCAUGAUACAAUUUUGAUACCAAAAGAAACCGCCUGGUUUGGAUAUUAUCCAGAUGGUGCCUUUGAGCCAGUUUUGCCUCCUCAACAGACUCCACUUUACACUGAGGACUGGAUAGGCUUGAAAACCUUGGACGAUGCUGGAAAAGUUAAAUAUGUUAGUGUUCCUGGUAACCAUCUCCAGAUAUCUCGUAGUGGCAUGAAGGAAUAUGUUGUGCCUUACUUGAAGACACAUUCCCAAAUUAAAACAAUUCUGGGAAAAUCAUCAGUCCAACUUCUUCAGUCGGUCCAAAAUACCAUGGCGAAACUAAUUGGACUGUAGAAAGGUCUAUCGUUGCUUUGCAAGUAAUCCCUUAUACAGCAUGUGAAUAACGUCAGCACCUAAAUGGUAAAGCGUUCAAACUUAGUGAAGAAUGAUAUGUUUUUAUAAUCAAAUUCAACUUUGCAUAUCAGGAUUGUAAAUAAAAUGCUUUUGGAAAAUUUGAUCCACGAAAUUCAACUGGCAACAGAAUUACUGAUCCACGAAUUCAGAAAAUUUGCUGAGAUGUAUAUCAGGAUUGUAAAUAAAAUGCUUUUGGAUUAAGAAAGUUGGUUGUGUAAAUACUUGCUUUUGCCAAGGAACAUAUUGAUAUUAAUGCGUGUUUGUCGGUUUUAUCAAA